UGAAGCUUACUCAGAGCGGCUGGCUCUAUUGGUACCUACCUUACCUACCUUACUUGCUAUCUGGGUAGGUACGGUAGUUAAUGCAGUUGCGGAAGCAAUUCAGAACCCAGGCCUAGACUAGCACAGACCUCACAAAAAUACAUUGCAAUUGGGUUUAGUUAUAGUUGCUGCUGCCCUAGUCCACAAUGGCCGCCGUUAUAUCGUCAGCAACCCCGGACGCCCCCCUGCAGUCACGCAUAGUCGACGACAAGUCCCCGAUAUGUAUACCUUUUAUACUGGAGCGCCUGUCUGUCUGGAGAAAGGCCCGGGAUGAGAACGACAGGCGGCCGUUCUUUAUUGGCCUGAAUGGCGUCCAGGGAGUCGGUAAGACGACCCUCGUUCGCGCCCUAGCCGAGACGCUGCAACAGCGCGAGAUGCUCGAGACCAUCGUCGUGAGCAUCGACGACUUUUACCUCGGCCACCAGACUCAGCUUGCCCUUGCCGAGUCCCAACCGGACAAUUCCUUGGUCCAGUAUCGAGGGGAGCCUGGCACGCAUGACAUCGAGCUGAUGCAAUCAUUCUUCACCGCUGUCAUCAAUGGUCAGCCCGCCAAGAUCCCCCAGUACGAUAAGGGGGCCUACUCCGGCCUCGGCGAUCGCGCACCCGAGUCCACCUGGCCCAGCAUAAACGGUCUGGACCAGCGCCCAGUCGAGGUCGUCUUGGUAGAGGGCUGGUGCGUCGGAUUCCGCGCCCUCGAGCCCGAGGCCGUGGUCGAAAAGUGGCGCAGCCCCGACACCCGGACGCUCAGGAACCACAGGACGGAGCAUCUCCUGUUCGUCAAUGAGAAGUUGGGUGCCUACGACGUGCUCACGAACCAAUUGGAUGCAUUGGUGCACAUUGAUGCCCAGAAGCUCGAGUAUGUCUACGAUUGGAGGCAGGAGCAAGAGGCGCAGUUGAGGAAGGAAAGGGGAACUGGUAUGUCUGACGAGCAGGUGGUUCGCUUUGUCGACGCUUACUAUCCCGCGUAUGAGCUGUACUCUGACGGAGUGCGUGCGGGCGUGUUGCUACCCGAACGGCCAGGUUGUCAGUUGACUUUGAUCGUGGAUAGACAUCGUCGUGUCGUGGAGCACUUUGUUCUGUAAAGACUCAUGAUCACUUCCUUGUCAGAAGUUGAAAAUAGCGAGAAAGAAAGUGGGCGUGUUCUUUAAGGUAUGGCAAAAGUAAAAGCAAAGGGGGCCAAGCAUCUAAAGUUCUCCCUGGUCCUUCCAAUACCGUCCUUCUGAAGAUAGGACGAAUCUCGCACCUCUCCGUAUUUAUUGGUCUGUGGUCAUAGCUCAUCAAUCAUAAAAGUUCGUAAACAGUUCGAUUACCCAGCCCCAGUAAAUUUCCUCCAAGGUCAGGAGAGUAAAG